CUCCUGGAUCUCUGCAAGCUCUCCUGCCUGUGUCCUCCUGGGAUGUUGUCUUUGGGCAGCUCUUGAGUAGCUUGCUGGCAGGAGCUCCUUUCUCCAGUCUGCUCACUCCUCUGGUAGCCACCAUGCCCCUCUGCUUCCCAGCCCUUUUAUCCUCCCAGCUACUAUGAGGCUUCCAAUCACUAGAGGCCAGCAGUGCCUGUAUUAACCUUUUGGUCACUGGUCCAGUGUGGGGUACAUAAACCCCAUGACACAGGGAUAUUAGCAAUCUUCACCAGCUAUGGGUAGACCACAGCAAUGGUUGCCUCACAAACCGCCAUCACUACACCACCAGCAGUUGGUAUGAUAUGAAACUGUUUAGCCACCAACUUGUAGCAGUCUGGGGCAUCCUGCUUCCAGAUGCCAAUGGCAACCCACUUCUGGAUUGGAAUGGGUGCCCUCAUGUGUCUCCUGGUGCUGAAGGGUCAGGGCAAGCUCCUCAUGUAGCUCCAUAAAGGUGUCCUUCCCCAUGCAGAAGUUCUGGAGCCACUGCUGGUCAUCUCCAUAUGCAUGACAAGGUAAUCCCACCACUCUGUGCCUGUGGUUCUGCUCCAGAACCACUGGUCAGCAUGGGAUUCCAUAGCUAUUAAGCUCACAUUAGAUGUCACUGCUUCACCAUGUCUGCAUGCAGCCUGCAUGAUCUCCUAACCAAGACGUCUGCUUCCUUCUCAGGCAACAGAUCACUGCUGAAAUGCCUUCUCUUUGCCUGAAGUUGUAAAAACAGGUGUUGCAUUAAUGCCAACAGCUAGAACAGGUCAUGAUCCUGAGCUGGAGCCAUGCCUUGGCAUCUGCUGGAAUUGUGGCUGCUGACAGAAAUGAGAAUCAUACAGAGGUGGAAGUACUUUAGUUUACUGCAUUGGUGGGCUAUGAAUUCUUAUGCACAGGAGACCAGGGAGGAUACAAGUCCUCUCACAAUACACUGGGAAAAAAUUCAUAAAGCAGAUCAGCUUAGUAUAGCACUAAGAACCAUGGGAAAUGCCCCCAGAAAUACUAGCAUCUAGCCUGGGUUAGUGCAGUGCCAAUGCGGACACAGAUAAAGUGUCGCUUAGCAUCAUGGACACGCCACACCAGGCUUCCCAUACCUUGCUGCUCAGACCCAGAUGAACUGCAGUGAAGACAUACCCUUAGAUUUCAGACUCCAGAGAGGCAAUAAGAACAUCUAUUCCAUUGCUUUAGGGAGAGUAAGUAGGAAAUUAAGAGUGAGGGACAUAAGAUGUGGGGAGGCAAAGGGAAGGGAGGGCCCCCCAUCAAAGUACAAUUCUUCCAACAGACCAGAAAUUUCUCAUCAAAGAUGUCUGAGAAGGGCAGGAAGUAAUUGGGAGCAUUUGAACGAAGAAGACGACUAAUACUGUUUCUACAGCAAACUUAUAUUAGCUGACAGAGCACAAAUGGAAGCAACUCCUAGAGAACAAAAAAAGAACGGUAAAGCUACAUUUGGAUUUUGUUUUUUUAGCGAUGUCAUGAGAAAACAUUAAGGGAGUUAAAUAAAUAAACAAACUGAUUUGCAGUUCCAUUAACAUGUAGAUAGAGGUGGGAUGGAUUUCCUUUAAAAACAAAUAUAUGCUUAAGCACUUUGCUGGAUUAGGGACCAUAGUAUUGAGCACCUUGUAGGACUGAGACCACGUAAAGUCUCCUGUGUAGCCACUCUAUGCCGGCAGGAGAGCUCUCUCGCCAGCAUAACGAACCCGCCACUAAUGAGCGGCAGUAGCUAUGUCGGCAGGAGAGUGUCUCCCUCCAACAUAGCACUGUCCACAUCGGCAUGUUUGUUGGUGAAACUUUUGUCAGUCACAGGUGUGCUUUUUCACACCCCUGACUGACAAAAAAGUUUUAACAACAAAAGUGCCAGGUAUUCUUAUAUCUCACAUGCCAACUUUUCUCUAGAUUAUCAUAACCUUGCAGAAUUCAAAAAGCCUAGAAUGUCUAAUAAUAACAUAUACACAUUGUUAGUUAUCAUAAAAACAUCCUUACAUCUAUGCUUUUUUCCUAUUUCAACAUAAUUUCCACCUAGCACAAGAGAAGAAUGUUGUCCACUAGACAAAGCGUGAAUAGUCUCAAUGAUUGAUUUCAGUGAUCCCAACAGCCUGCUAUGCCAUGAACCUGAGGCAGGGGGAAAUGUCUGGCCUUGGUGCUGGCGCCAUGAGCUGUUUCCGAAUCCGCCCGGCAGAGCCCCAGGACUGUCCUGAAAUCCUGCGCCUCAUCAAAGUAAGAGGGACAGUGAGGUGUGCAGGCAUCUUUCCCUCAGAACUAGCUGCAUAUGAAAAUAUGCCAAAUGCAGUAAAAUUAACAGAAAAAGAUUUGCUUGAAGAUGGCUUUGGAGAACAUCCUUUCUACCACUGUCUAAUAGCAGAGGUGCCAAAGGAGGGACAAACAGGAAGUAGUUGCAUUGUAGGCUAUGCUAUGUAUUACUUUACAUAUGACCCUUGGAUUGGCAAGUUACUUUACCUGGAAGACUUCUAUGUCAUGGAACCAUAUAGAGGCUUGGGCAUUGGCUCAGAAAUCUUAAAGAGAUUAAGCCAGAUAGCAAUCAAAACCAACUGUAGCUGCAUGCAUUUCCUUGUAGUCAUUUGGAACAAGCCGUCUAUAGAGUACUAUGUGAGACGUGGAGCUUUAGACCUUUCCACUGAAGAGGGCUGGCAUCUCUUCAGAUUUGACAAAGAGAAUCUUCUCAGAAUGGCAUCUGGAGAAUGAAGGAAGUUCCCAUUCACCAUUCCAAGAUUUGUGAGAGAUUAGAUUAUUACUCUGCAAUCAGUUUGUCCUGCUUUCGGUUUUGCGCAAUAGAACAUUUGCUGCUAACAUCACGGAGUUCCAGUUUGUUAUGCAUUUAACAAGAUUAAUCAAGUUUAUGUAACUGCUUUCUUUUAUGUCCAGCAGCCUUUAUUACUAUUAGGUACUAUUAGAGUUAUUAAAGUUUCUUUCAUCGUUUGUUACAUAACUGGACACCAUUCAAAGAGACCCCAUGUUUAUCUCCCCCCUCACAUUAACAAAUAGAUGUAUAUGUUAAAAAGUGUUACUGUACUGUAUGCAUUGUAUCACAAGCUUAUUUAUAUUUAAAGUAAU